AUACCAGUACAAGAACAAUUUCCGCGAUUCUGGUGGUAUCGAUAACCAGUCUGUUCAGGAGCUUGAGGGUUAUGCUGUGUACAAGGCUGAAGAGACUACGAAAUCUGUACAGGGUUGUUUGAAGGUUGCCGAGGAUAUUAGGUCAGAUGCUACUAGAACUUUGGUUAUGUUGCACGAUCAGGGCGAGCAAAUCACUAGGACUCACCAUAAAGCUGUUGAAAUCGAUCAUGAUCUCAGUCGAGGUGAGAAGCUUCUUGGAAGCCUUGGAGGCAUGUUUUCAAAGACUUGGAAGCCAAAGAAGACUCGUCCUAUUAAUGGUCCCAUCAUAACCAGAGAUCACUCACCAACUAGAAGAGUGAACCACUUAGAGAAAAGGGAAAAACUGGGACUGAACCCAGCACCCAAGGGACAAUCAAGAACCCGAGAAGCGCUCCCCGAACCAGCUGAUGCCUAUCAGAGAGUGGAGAUGGAAAAAGCUAAGCAAGACGACGGUCUUUCAGACUUGAGUGAUAUACUUGGUGAGCUAAAGAACAUGGCUGUUGACAUGGGAAGUGAGAUCGAGAAACAGAACAAAGGACUUGACCAUCUUCAUGAUGAUGUUGACGAACUAAACUUCAGAGUGCAACAAUCAAACCAACGCGGCCGUCGUUUGCUUGGAAAAUAGAUGAAUAGAGUUAUAUAUGUUCAUUACACUCAUUCCUCUCUUGUUUGAUUCUCUGUGGCUUUGUUCUUUAAACCUGAAAAGGUUCUUAUCAUGUUAUCCCCAUGUUAUAUUACAUUACUGCCUGUGUUUGUAAUUGAUCUUAUUGCAGAAAACUUAUUUGUUCAAACAGAAGCAAUUUUGCUAUC